ACGUACAUAUGUAUAUAUAUUAUUUCAUAAGUUCAUUUUCAUCUUAUUUAUAGAAUAAAAAAAUAUUAAAAAUAUACAGAAAGCCAGUAUAAUUGCAAAAUAAAUAGUGAAAAGUGAAAAAUGUGUACACAUGCAUGCACAAAGUAACCAAAAUCGUAAAUGAAAGUUAAAACUAGUGGAAAUCCAGAACUUAACGAGUGCUAGAGUAAAAAGAAUAAUAUUUUAUUCAUACUAUUUGUCGGAUACAUUUUUUUAAGACCCCCAUAUUAUGUAUGGGUUCCAAAAUUGUUAAUUUAGAGAUUUUUCUUAUUUACUUUCUUCUAUUAAUACCAUGGCCUCAUACUCAUGUUAUCAAGCGUUUAUGCUCGAAAGAUAGCAGCCGCCUAGUUCGUAAGAUAGUUCGUUCAAAAUGGACACCGAUAUUAGAUAAGUAUCAGGUGAAACUUCCUCUCGAAUGCCCAUUGCAUCCAUUUCGAGAUAUAUUUGCACCCCGACAAGAUGCCAAAAAACGUGAUAGACCUACACAAUGGACUUGCAGAUUGUGUGGCAAAAGUUUCUAUCAAGAGAAAUUUUUGGAUUUACAUUUCGAGACAAGACACAAAGCAAUUAUAAACGAGGCUGAAGACGCUGUGUGCUUAGCAGACUAUUGCGAUAUUAUGCGUUGUGAAGUUUUUCAAACGGAGGAGUCAUCAUCGUUGAAAAUCGGUGAUCAGAAUAUUGUGACAGACAUAGAGGUUUGGGGCGAUUCAUUUGGUCAAAACUCAGCACUGGCUAAGGCGAAUGUAGCAUAUUUAAGUUUAUUACCCAUCAGAACUUCCUCUAUUGGUGCAUCUCGAGCAGCCAAAGUACAAAAUCGUCAAUUAUGUCAGGAUAAAAUUGGCCAAACAAAAUGUCAACAGACUGAAACCUCUAAUGAGAACUAUAUUUAUAGUACUAACAAUAACAACAAUGGUGCCUCACGUACAAAAUAUACGCCACAUAUUCAAACACCAGCGGAGAGCUUAACAUCAUCAGCAGCACCACACAUUUAUAGCAGUUCAUCGUCGUCCUCCUCAUCUUCGGGAGCGUCGAGAUCACAAAAAACGUAUUCAACAACAUCGAGUAGUAGCACCAGUAACAGCGCCUAUUCCUCUGGUUCCGGCACAUCGGGCAGCGGUACUACUUCCACGUCGUCAAAUACCAAAGAAUCUACAAGUCAUCAUGCUGAUGGUGGAGCAGAACACAAUACACGCACCGAAAAUAGCAAUAGUGAUGAUAGUGUGAAGACCCAGACAAAUACAUCCGAUGACGAUGAGAGAAGUAAAACAUCUGGGAACAAUGGCCAAAUGUCAACCAUGCAAAAGAUAAGGGCCAAUUGUAAAGCAGAAGAACUGAUAAAGUUGAAGUCAAAAUGUGAAUUUUUGGUGCGCACUUGUAUUGGGGGCCUUAUUCUAUCGAUGUCGGAUCAGCAGUUCAGGGAUAUGGAAGAGGAAAUGAAUAAAGCAGUCUGCUGGUAUUUAACCUGUGAACGUUACUGGGAAGAUGGUCCAUUGGAGCCACGUGCCUUUCCUUGGGGUUUAAUUGUAAUCCUAAUUUUUGUUUUGUCUUCGGGCAUAUGUUUUUGUUAUUACAUCAUUUGGAUACUAUUUGACUCCGAAGAGGCGACAAUCAAUGCCAACACGAACGCCAAUCAUCUCUACCAUACACAGCAAAUGCAGCACCAACAUCUGCAACACCAGCAGCAGCAGCAACAGCAGCAUCGUCAGCAUAUUUAUAUACCCGCCAGCCAUCAACAUCAGCUGCAACAUCAUCCAUCGCAAAUUCAAGAUCAUUAUCAUUUUCAAGAGUACCCUACUACCGGGAUCCAUCACCAUGGUAUGAGCAACGUAGAGCAUCCGAGCAGCAGCAACACCAAUCAGUACUAUUACCAUCAGGCCCAGGGCGAGGUAGGCCAUCACGAUAUGUACCCCGAACCAGUGCAAUACGAUUAUCGUCACAGCCCCAGGCGUUACAUAGGCGAUCAGCGUCGGCCGGGUACCCCGAUUACGAUGGCCACCGGACAGGCGACAUUAGGCACUCAAAGCGGUGGCGCACAGACUCCACUGCGUCAUCCGACGAAUCUGGCUUACCAACAGGACAUUUUAGACCGACGCGAUUAUAUAAAUAGCCGAGCCCAUGGUACAUCGGUUGUUAGCAGUCACAAUACAUUGGCUUCAACUCGUGGUCCAAAUACUGGCUCCUCCGGGGCCCUAUCGAGUCUCGGUCACCAUUCUCAGGCCCAGCUAGACUGUGAUAGUACAUUACCCGCAACUCAUUUGGGCAGCAGUGGCGGAAUCACAGCAUCCACAAUGUCAGGUGACGGAAUUGGUGGUGGUGGUGCUGUGGGUGGCAUGAAACACUACAACACCAUACCACGCCCCUUGGAACCAAGACAGCGCUAUGUAAGCGGUUCACAGCAAUCGCUAAGGGCCUCCUCGUCCACACACGAAAUCAUACAAAAUGAGGUGGGGCACAAUGAACAUUAUAUUUACGUAACUUAUCCGCCGGAUUUAAAAAAACGCUUUUUCGAAAAAUACGAAUGAACCAAACAACAGCAGCCGCACCAGCAAAAAAGCACCAAUAUGCCAAAGAUACAGAGUAACAGAGAGAUACAGAGUAACAAAAGGACUCACUGAGAGCACUUACUACUACUACAACUACUUCUACUGGCUGGCGGUCAUUGUGGUUUGACAGUUUAACAGGUGCCACACAUCAACUCCCAUAUACAGAUAUAUCGAUGUCGAUGUUGUUGAAGGACACAAAAAGCAUAGACACAAAUAAGAAAUUAUAUUUUCUCUAUUUCUUUUUCUUAUGAAUAUACGAGUACUCGCAAAUGUAGAA